GCCGAGUGAGUGACAGCCAGCUGUGCGGUUAGCACCACAACAACACCCUACCGGACCCGAGACUCCGAGAGCUACCCUGUCCGUCGGAGAGCCGUCGUAUGCGUGUCCUAUCGCCGGUUAUUCCCGCUCGAGUUAUAUAUCCACACCUUAAUUAACGUCAACCCGUUUCUUAGCUAGCUAGCUAGAAGAGCAUUCCCCCCAACAUGAAUCCGUUGUGUGGCAGAUGUAACCGAGUCGUGUACCCCACGGAAAAAGUGAAUUGUCUGGACAAGUACUGGCAUAAAGGAUGCUUCAGCUGCGAAACCUGCAAAAUGACUCUAAACAUGAAGAAUUACAAAGGUUUCGACAAAAGGCCAUACUGCAACGCACACUACCCCAAGACAAACUUCACCGCCGUGGCAGACACUCCUGAGAACCGCCGCCUGAAAGAGCAGACCAAGAUGCAGAGUCAGGUUCUCUACAAGGAGGAGUUUGAGAAGAACAAGGGGAAGGGCUUCAGUGUGGUGGCAGACACACCGGAGAUGCAGAGAAUCAAGAAAACUCAGGACAACAUCAGCAACAUUAAGUACCAUGAGGAGUUCGAGAAGAGCAGGAUGGGAGGGGAAGCCCCGCCCCAUCAACCUAGCACCCCCACCUCAGCAGGCUACCAGCAGGCUGCACCGUCUCAGAACUUCCACUACGAGCCGACCCCGGAGCCGGUCCGUCAGGCCGCCGCCGCCGCCCCGCCCCCGAGCGCUGGGAAGCGCUACCGGGCGGUGUACGACUACGCGGCGGCGGACGAGGACGAGGUCUCCUUCGUGGACGGGGACAUGAUCCUGGAGGUGCAGCAGAUCGACGAGGGCUGGAUGUACGGCCGCGUGGAGCGCACCGGCCAGCGGGGCAUGCUGCCCGCCAACUACGUAGAGGCCAUCUGAGGAGGGGGAGAGGAGAGGGAGAGGGGGAGGAGAGGGGGAGAGAGCUGAAGGUAGUGAAGGAGGAGGGGAAAUAUGAAAAGCCCAGUGCCAUCUCAUCUAGCUACUGCUUUCUCUUGUUUUGAUUUCUUGUUUUCCUGUCUGUCCUGUGACCCCCACCCCUGACUAGUAGUCCGACCCCCUUUUGCAUCCCCCCCCCCUCCCUCGCUCCCUCCCUCCCCUCCUUCUGUAUGCGUCUAUUUCCUGUCCCUGUGCUGUUUUCUUUCUGUCGUUUUGGCCGUCUUCCCUUCUGGAAGUUUGUCCCUCCUCUGUCCCCUUAGCGUGGCAUCAUUCCCUUUUGCGCUGCCAAAUACUCAACAGUCUUAAAUGGAGUAACCUUCAUACGUCUUAUUAUGUCCGGGCUCCAGCCGCGGUUUGCCACCUCGCAUCCUAGCUGUAGCGCUAACAAUCUUUCAAACGAAAACAAAAGAAAAACAACAUUGCCAAGGGGGGGGGGGGGGCGAAUGAAUGAAUGAAUGAACGAAUGAAUAAACAAAUCAUGUUAUAGACCUCUCGCUAGCUAGCUGAUCAACACUCAGUUGCCAUGGUAUCAGAUAACUGCAGUUGCUUUUGUACAGACAGACAGACGGAGAGAGGGAGCUUAAAGAAGGUGUGGGGAGUCAAACCUGUGUUGGUGUUUUGCUGUUUUUCCCCGUGUGCUCCUGGCUCCGUACUGGAAGAGCGGCGGCGUUCUAACGAACCCCACUGGUGGACCAAGCCGGUCCCCAACGCGGGGAACCCCUAUUUUGACUUGUGUACAUUCCAUUGAAUUGACCACAAUACCCUCAGCGCUGUCGCCACAGACAGACCGAAUGAAUCCGUCUUACCAGAGAGGUUUUGUAUAUAUUUUUAUUUUCAGACUCAUCUCAAACUCCAAACUCCUUGCCUAGCAGGCACCCUGUGGGUAUUGCGAUUAAAAACUGGAAUCAUGGCCCGAAAUCAUGCAUAUCACGUGUAGAGAGUGAGUGUGGGGGGGGGGGGGACCUGUCAGAGCAGUAGCAGUCACCUGUGCAACCUCUCCUUCUGUUUUAACCCCGUUCCCCACCCCUUUCCACUCUUUCUAACACCGCUCUCAUCCUACUCGACGGUUGCCAAUAGCAACCCGCUGUCACUACUACGGCGGUGGUCCUUGUUGCCUUUUAAAAAAAAUCUUAAGCAGGAAGUGGAGUGGCGGGGGCGUGGCGGGGGCGGGUUGGGGGGGACACCUCCCCAGUCCUGCAGAGAGACCGUUUUAGAUUGGACACGGUUCAAGAAGGCAAAAGCACAAAGGCUGUGGUGUGAAAUGUUAAUUUGUGUUUUUUAAGUCAUUGCAUUCCAUUGUUUGUUUUGUGUGCGUUUGUUUUGAGAGGGAGCAGCCCAGUGUUGCGGCAGACGUGUGCGUCUGAGGUGUGUAGUUGUGUGGGCGUCUCGGCGUUCUCGUGUUGGGUUUUCCUCCUUUUUUAUGUCGUUUGUUUGGUUUUGUUUCUUUGCUUUCAGUGUCAUUGUAAGAGGCUUAUUUUCAUAAAAGAAAUGUCAACUGUAUGCCAUAAUAAACCAGCGAUUCCAAUUUUGAGCCGAGGCAGGCUAGUUUCAUCUGGUGACGACUGGAUCUCUUGACUGACAAUUAAGUCAACUGGCAGUUUGCUUGUUGUCAAUGCGACAUAAAUCAUCUUUAUUGUUCUUCGGGCUCAAAAUAAAAUGUGUAUCUCUAGCUAAUCGGUAAUCUGAAACGAAAUAAAUUCAACCACAAAAAUGUAAAGUUUGCUUUGGAAAUGUUACUCAACCCUUCGGUCAGCACUAAAGGUCAAAGGGCGACAGUCACAUGGUUACACAGCGGCUGAAUCCUGGGGCGACUUGAAAACAUAAUUCAAACGCGAGCUGAUUGUAAUUCAAACUAACCAUCCACAAGUCAAAACCUAACGCCCACAACCAAUUCUCCCUACUUACUGACUGCAGGGUGAGGGUGGGAGGGGGCCCACCCUGACCGUGUACACACUGCUGCCCCCCCCCCCCUUCACCUGCUAGUUGCCCUGCACUCGGGACACUGUGACCUCCGUCAAUCUCUCAGAUAUCUCUCAGACAGAAGAAGGUGGUGUCCCCGCAUCCGCAUAUCGAAAGCAACAAGGUGCCCACUGUGUAGCUCUGUGACGGGGACUUUGUAAAGUUGUUCAUGUAUCUUAAGAAAACAUAGGAGUUAGAGAUUGUUUUUUGUUUACAGUCGUUGGUGCUAACGGAAAAAAAGGUUUGCUUGCAUUUGAUAAGAUUACGAUUAUGGUUCACGGUUUGUGGAUGUGAUGUGGGUUUAGAACAGUUGACUCGUGGGAAAUGUAGUGUGGUGCAACACAUGUCAAAACAAGUAAGCGUUGAAUAUUCGUGCCCUUUUGUUUUCUGUGGCGACGCUUAAUGGCUUCUGACAGCAUUGUUCAAUAUGAACAGACGUUGAACACAGCCCAGCUCAACAUGGCUGCACAGAAGAGAGGAAAUGUGUUGCAUGCCUUGUGUUUUGCAUUCCACCUCUACCAGACAACUGGACCAGAAAUGCGAUUUUAAGGUGACUAAAGAAUAAAUAGUUGGUUUGGCCUCGGAAAUGAAGAAAUUAAACAAAAUGUAGGCCUACUGUGUUUUUUUUUUUAUAGUUUUCUUUUUAUCCAAGAUGAAAAUAUAAAUGCUAGUAUUGCUUCUUUAAAAAGCAGCUGCCGCCUUGGAACUUGGUGGUUGCCGUUGUAAAUGUGGUUGACACGUGGUGCCAAAGGUGUAGCCAAACAUAAGCACCGAUGAUGGAGAUGCCGUGAGGGACGGGGUGUGUGUACCAAGACUGGGAAGUCCUCAACCUUCCCGCCCUGACAAGUCGACACCACCCUGUUGAGUGAGGGACUGACCAAGAUGUCAGUCCAGGUGUUGACCUAUUUUAUUUUGUUUUUGCGCCAAUUACGCUCUAUGCUCUCCUACCGUGGAACCCCCCCUCUACUGUAACACGAUGUUGUCUCGUGGUCCUAUGGUUGCCAUCCGGUCGCCCUCCCUCUUUUUGGUGUCUUUGCUCAUCCUGCAGCACACAGCCUUCCCCCUCUCCUCUCCCUCACUGCUUACCCCUGAUAGGCCUUCUAGGUUUCUGAUCAAUCAUUCCCUGCUCCUGUGAUCCCGGUUAUAUAGACGGUUACGAUACAAAACGAUGUAAUCCACCAUACCCAACCCUGUACUCCAAUGCAUUGUGUGCGCGUUCCAUCCUAAAUGGGUUUGUUUUGAUAUAUUUUUUAACAAAAAAAGUUGAUGACCGCGUGUACACUCACCUGUUCACGGGGUGUCCGAUUGGAGAAUACGAUGGAGUCUGAGGACCUGACGUCAUUUCUUGUUGCCCUGUUACAGCACUUCAAAUUGUACUUAUGAUUCUGCAGAUUCAAUAAAAUGUCUUUUUUUUUCUCAGA